CCACCGACGAGGGGGAUUCAUGCUCGAUGAUCAAGCACAAUCGUCGUCCGCGGCUGAAGAUCGGGCCGGUCAGAUCGAAGAAGUGGUAUGGGAUUCCGCUGUGCGGUCGAACCGGCCUGAUCAUGGGCAUGCCCUGUCCCUCGUCCAAGGAGACACAGCUGCGGCAGGAGCAGCUCUACCAGCAACCUGAAUAUCAGGAUCAGCACGCACUCAUGCUCCAGUCGCAGCUGCGCCAGCAGGAGGACUUUUAUGACAAACAGACCAUGCCCAGGACACUGCGGUUCGUACUCGGAACAGAGCCGUACGGGGUGCCCUCGAAAAAGCAGUUCCAGCGUGUGCAGAAGGGCCAGCGGUAUUGCGGCAACUUUUACUACAACUAAAUUCAAGGCUACUGAGCUGCAACUCAAUAAAUAUUUGGCAAUCGAAGGCUGUACUUGAGUGGAA